AUAAAAGCCGAGGUGAUAAGCAGCGUGCCAUUCCUCUGGUCUACCAUUUUCGCAGCCGUCGUCCUCGAAGCCCUAAGCACUCUUGAGCUCUCAAUUCGGCGCAUCCGCAGCCAUGUCAAAAAGAAAGGUUAGAGAGCCCAAGGAAGAGACCGUCACCCUUGGCCCUGCUGUUAGAGAGGGAGAAUAUGUUUUUGGCGUGGCUCACAUUUUCGCCUCCUUCAAUGACACAUUCAUUCAUGUGACUGAUUUAUCUGGUAGAGAGACCCUCGUCCGUAUUACUGGAGGCAUGAAGGUUAAAGCCGAUAGAGAUGAGUCUUCUCCAUAUGCUGCGAUGCUUGCUGCUCAGGAUGUUGCCCAAAGAUGCAAGGAGCUUGGUGUCACUGCCCUUCAUAUUAAGCUCCGUGCAACCGGCGGGAACAAGACCAAAACUCCUGGUCCUGGUGCCCAGUCUGCUCUUCGAGCCUUGGCUCGUUCUGGAAUGAAAAUUGGUCGCAUAGAGGAUGUGACACCGAUUCCGACCGAUAGCACCCGAAGAAAGGGUGGUAGAAGAGGAAGAAGGCUGUAGGCAAUGUCUUUCAUCCCUUAUCAAGCUUCAGUGUUUCAGUAUCUCAUAUUAGCCUCGGUUCUGGGGUUGGAACAGUUUUGCUCUUAGAAACUAUUUUUGUACUUCCGAAAAACGGCUAGCUGGAAUACUCACAGAUGGAAAUUUCUGGAGAUUUAUGGCGUUUGUGGUUCGUGAUAAUUGCAUUUGAGAUUCUUAAUUAUGGAUUGACAAGUUCCGGAGAAUAGAUGAACGUCUAUUUGUUUCCCUGUGCA